UAUGGUUGUCAAAUCAAAUUAUUAAUUAAUUGGGGAUGGACCUUGCAUUAAACAUUUUAUUUGUUCAACAAAGAGCAGUGCCCCAUCCUCCCCCUUGGCCUUCCAUAAUGUGACUGACAAACCUCAGAUUAUAUAUAUCUCCUCAAUUCUAGAUUUCUUAAUUAUUCAAUCCCCUCCCAAUUAACCAAACAAAUCCCUAAUCUACCGACAAUGUCCACAGCCCAGCUUCCGGCCCGAGAAAUCCCCGGCGAGCACGGGCUCCCGUUUUUCGGGCCCAUAAAAGACCGUUUCAGCUACUUCUACAGCCAAGGCGAGCUCAAAUACUUCACAACCCGCAUGGACAAAUACCAAUCCACGGUGUUCCGAUGCAACAUGCCGCCGGGCCCCUUCAUGGCCCGAGACCCGCGCGUCGUCUGCCUCCUCGACGCCGUCAGCUUCCAGACCCUCUUCGACACCACCAAAGUCGACAAGAGAGACGUCCUCGACGGCACCUUCAUGCCGUCCACCGCCUUCACCGGCGGCUACCGGACCUGCGCCUACCUCGACCCCUCCGAGCCCAACCACGCAAUUCUGAAAGGCUUCUUCCUCUCAAUACUCGCCAAGAAGCACGACCAAUUCAUCCCGUUGUUCCGGCAGGCCAUGUCCGGCCUUUUUACGGGCCUCGAAGGUGACCUCGCCGCCAAAGGCAGCUCCUCCUUCAACGAUUUAAACGACGUCAUGGCGUUCGAGUUCGUCUUCCGCUUGCUCUGCGGCGUGGGCCCGUCGGAGACCGGGCUCGGCCCGGACGGCCCGAAAUCGAUGGACCUGUGGCUCUUCGGGCAGCUCUCCCCGCUGAUGACUCUGGGGAUCAAAUACGUCCCGGGCUUUCUAGAAGAUUUCUUCCUCCACAAUUUCCCCAUCCCUUUCUUCCUCGUCAGAUCUUACUACAGCAAGAUUUACGCAGCUUUCGAGAAGAACGCGGGGAAGCUUCUAGAAGAAGCGGAGGAACUCGGGUUACAACGCGACGAAGCGUGUCACAACCUCGUGUUCCUCGCCGGCUUCAACGCUUACGGCGGGAUGAAAGCCGUGUUCCCGGCGCUCAUCAAGUGGGUCGCCGCCGCGGGCGCCGACCUCCACCGCCGGCUCGCGGCGGAGAUCAGGGCGGCGGUGAAGGAAAAGGGGGUGACUCCGGCGGCGUUGAACGAGCUGACGCUGACAAAAUCGGUGGUGUACGAGGCUAUGCGCAUGGAGCCGUCGGUUCCGUACCAAUACGGGAGAGCUAAGAAGGAUUUCGAAAUUCGGAACCAUGAGAACUGCUUCUCGAUUAAGAAAGGGGAGAUGCUGUUCGGGUAUCAGGCGAUGGCGACGAGGGAUCCGAGAAUCUUCGAACGUGCGGAUGAAUUCGUGGCGGAGAGAUUCGUGGGGGAGGGCGAGAAGCUGUUGAAGUACGUGUAUUGGUCGAAUGGGAGGGAGACGGAUGAGGCGACGGUGGAGAACAAGCAGUGCCCCGGGAAGGAUCUGGUGGUGAUGCUGUGCAGGUUGAUGCUGGUCGACUUUUUUUUAAGGUAUGAUACGUUUGAGGUGGAAUCUGGGAAGCUUCUCUUGGGCUCGUCUGUCACGUUCAAGUCCCUAACCAAAUAUGCUAAUUAUUAAUUUCUUUUUUUCUUUUUUCAGUUUAGGAUUGGUGGGUUCUUUAGUUUAGUUGUGGUGGAUUUGAAGUUUUAGCCACCAUUUCCGAUUCAAUUUCCUGUUUUCCUUAAUAAUGGAGAUUUUUUUUUUAAUUAUUUGUAUGUUGUAUGAUUGGCGUCUAUAUAGUUGUCAAGUGAUAGGAGAAUUUUUUUU